AAAAGAAAAACGACAGAAUAUACCAAAUUCUGUGCCGCUCAAACAAUUCAUAAACGACAGUGUCUGAAGUCAAAAAAUUUGUAACUUGUCACCGUUUCACAGUCUCCUUAAUUUCAACAACUAUGGCUGCAUCUGCAUCUUCUUUAACAGCACUUUCCUUCUCCUUCCCAUUCAUAACAUCUACCAAAUCUUCUCUCCCAGUUCCAUUCUCUUGCUCUUUUCCUCGCAAUCUCCAUCUCAAAUCACCACGAAUCGUCUCAGUCUCCGGAGCUGCAACUCCCACCACCUCCGUUGAAAUUGAUAAAUCCCCAAUCUCCGCCACUCCUAACAAGGUUCUUCCGUUUCGGGUUGGGCACGGGUUUGACCUUCAUCGAUUGGAACCCGGUUAUCCCUUAAUUAUUGGUGGAAUUAACAUACCUCAUGAUAGAGGUUGCGAGGCUCAUUCUGAUGGGGAUGUUCUGCUUCACUGCGUGGUUGAUGCAAUUUUAGGCGCUUUAGGUCUUCCUGAUAUAGGACAGAUUUUUCCUGAUAAUGAUCCUAAGUGGAAGGGUUGUGACUCUUCCGUGUUCGUCCAUGAAUCUGUCAGGCUUAUGCAUGAGGCUGGUUAUGAUAUCGGAAAUUUAGAUGCUACAUUGAUACUUCAGAGGCCGAAACUAAGCCCACACAAGGAUGCUAUCAAGGCCAACUUAUCCGCAUUGCUUGGAGUUGACUCAUCUGUGGUAAAUAUAAAGGCAAAAACUCAUGAAAAGGUUGAUAGCCUUGGAGAAAAUAGAAGUAUAGCAGCUCACACAGUUGUUCUUCUAAUGAAGAAAUGAUGGUAGAAUCUGGAAAUAUUACGAGGUACAUGAAAGAAUAAUGAUUUCAUAAAAUCACGGAAAAUUUAAUAAAUUAUGCUUUAUUGGCUGCUUGUAUACUGGGUUUUUGAUAGAACAUUAUAGCGGAAGUUGAUUCUUAUAGCAUGCUCCACUCAUUGGGAUAAUGCUUGAUUGUUUUUGUUGUAUGCUUUAUUGGCUACUUGUGUACUACCGUGCCGUGUUUAUACAAAAUCUUAAUAGAUCAUUUGGACUGCUAAUCAUUUGUGUAACUCUUUUUUCAGAACUUGUAACUAAUUUGGUUUAUGUGUGUAUCUUUGCUUUAAUGCUUGUAAGAAUUUGCGUUCA